AUGGAUUGGGAACUGUUCCUCAAUGACCUUCCUCUAGAGCUUAUAGAAUAUAUAUUCACAUUUUUCAGCAUUGAAAAUGAUCUUAAAACUUUGAUUAAUUUGGUUUCAGCUGAGUCCAAAGUGAAAGAAUUUAGAAUUAGACAAGUCAUACUUAAUAGAUUGCUAAAAUUUGUAGUAAUAGAUCCAUCGUGUUGGGUUAAGGAAUUCUCAUCACAAGACUAUUGGUACCCAUCGAUGAAAGAGCUUAAAUUGCUACUCCUGGAAAUUGAUGUUCCAAUAACCACAAACAUUCAGCUAUGUGUCCACCAUAACUUUGAGAAAAAUAGAGAUGAGAUAGAAGAAUUGGCACAAUUCCUAGGCUCUGGAAGGUACUUCAAUAUCAAAUGUAGACUAUAUAUGAAGGAUAAUUUCGAGCACAUAUGCAGCUGUGUUACAAUUUUGAGAGACUAUGAUGUUUUUCACAAGGUCACACAUCUUGAGCUAGUUAGUACUACCACCGACAUCGCAAAUUUACCAGAACAGGGGUCACAUACCGGAGACAAAGAAUUGGCUACCUCGCUUUUCGAGCCGUUCCAGCUCGAUUCCGGUACCGGUCCCGCCAAGGUGUUGGAGAUGGGUAAGUUUCCAGUAGUCAAUUAUUAG